UUCUCCAAUGACCAGAUGAAGCGGCUGUGGCAUGAUCUUCAGAUUCCAUGCGAUAAUUGGCAAGGAAUCAAGCACGAAUUUCGUAAAUUUUCGUGAUCCAGGUAGCCUUUUCUUCUUCCUUGCACAUAUAAACGGUUUUAGGAUCUGGGUUUAGUAAGAAAGCUGAAAGUGAAAAGGUGGGAUCUUGGUGGGAAAAUGGUGCAUUGAGUACUCUCGUUUAAGAGAAUAGAGUCCCCAUAAACAAUAUUGGGUGGUUGAAUUCCACACUGUAACUACUGUUUAAGAGGCUUCUGCGUUCCACACUGUAACUACUUUUUUCACAAAAUGGUCGGACAUAAAAGGAGUAGGAGCAAACCAAGUGACCAUUAAGCCAGAAGAGUUCCUUUUUGAAUCAACAUGGCAUUGUGGUUUUUUGCUCUUCGGCAAUGUGGGACACUGCUCAAUUGUGUGAAAUGUGAAUUUUGUGCUGGUUUAGGUUUGCUCUCCAUACUGUGGACCAGAAAUUUGGUAAUCAUUGAUAACCCUCAUAGAAUUUUGUUCUUUUAUUUGAAGUGUUAACAUCAAGAUAUACGAAAGAGGAAAAGGUGGCUACACUGAUAGAGAGAGAGAGGUGCUUGCAUAAGUUGAUGAGAAUGGAGGACAAAUAUUAUCAACGGUGUUAGGUUACAAUACCUCCACAGUCCACACUUAUACUUACAGUGAUAGUAGAUGGAAAUAGACGCCAAACCGUCUUAAUGGCAUAACUGUAUUCCAGUAAGGCUGUGUUUAUUUCCUCAUCCAGUUCUCCACUCAUGAACUGAAAAACAAUCAUUGGAGUCUUGGCUAUAUGUAUGCAUAGGUGGGAAAAAGGUAGGUUGAUCAGUGAAGCCUUGCACAGAGAAUGAAGAAUAGUUUUGUUGCUGAUAAGGCUGCAGCUACCAUGGGAAGGAGUUCGGUAUCUAGGGCGAAGCAUAACAAGCGUGUCAUUUUUCCAGCCAAAGCGAACAUGAUUGCUGAAGAUUUCGAACGAAGAAAAAAGAAGUUGGUUGUUCGGUCAAAAGUUGCGAACAAUUUGAUUAUUGGAAUUGAUGAUUCCACCUUGCUCUUAUGUAAGAAGAAACAAUGAAGAGAAAGGCACAUGCUCCAAGAUCCAAAUUGACAAUUUUCCAGACGGUUCGGAAACUUUUGUUUUAGUAGUGAGAUUCUGUUAUGGAUGGAAGUUUGAUCUAACUGCAGCCAACAUUGAUCCACCAUAUAGUGCUGCACAAUUUUUUGGAGAUGACUGAUGAUCUUGAGCAAGAAAUCUCAUUUAUAAAGCAGCAGCUUUUCUAAGUUUCGGUGUUGUUUUCAUCAUGGAAAGACAUAUUUCAGGUUUUGAAGAGCUGUGAUGGCCAAGGAGCUACAAAUCUUGAAACAUUGCACGGAAGGUCUGCAGUGACUUGCAAGCAUUUAUUUUUGACAAUGAAGAAGCAAUGUGCUUCAAUGUUUUACCAAAUCAUGCAGAAAACUUGAUACUUAACAACAAAGUUGACAACUGGUGUCUGGUGGUUUGAAGACAUUUCAUUCCCAAGAAUAGAUCAUUUUCUUGAAGUUAUCGAAUCCAUUAAAAGUAAAGGUAUGAGAGCAGAGCUCAUUGGAUCUUGCAUAGCAUACUGGACUACAAGAUAGCUUUCCCAAAUCCAUUUUGGAUUGGACAAUCUAACUUCUAUGCAAUUGUCCCAUCAAUUGAUAAUAGUUACAACUGAAAGUUUGAUUAGGGUUUUUACAGAUGCAGAAAAUUCAGUUUCUUGUAACUUUUUGCUUCACCUUCUCAAGGCGGGUUUGAUGAUGAAUAUCAAUUAUGAACUAUUUAAUAAGUUAGAAAGACGAAUAACCUUGAUGUUGGAGCAAUGUUGUGUUCAAGAUCUCCUGGUUAAUGCCUAUUAUGAUUGCAGAAUUAUAAUUAGGGUUGUGGAAGCUUAUGCUUCUUUUGUUUUAAGGGAUCCUGCCCCAAAAGCAUUUGCUGUUAGAAGGUUGAUUGAUGAGUUUCUUACACAAAUUGCAAGGGAUAAGUAGCUUACGGUGGAAAGUUUCCAGCCCCUUGCAGAAGCAUUGCCUAAAGUGCUUGAUAUUGCGAUGACAACCUCUAAAAAGAGCCAUGGAUAUGUACUUGAACUCUUGAAGGCACACCCUAGUUUAACAUAACUAGAAAGAGAAAGUGUAUGUAGUGCCAUGGAUUAUCAAAAAGCUAUUGCAAAAAUCAUGCCAGCAUGAAAUGAAGAUUGAAGAAUGACCAGCUGUCAUUGAAAAUUACAGCACGAUUUAUCCUUCUUGAAUAAGUGAACACGACAAGGUCAGUCACAGCUAGCAGAUGCAAUUACCAAAGAACAAAUGGAGUUAAAGAAGAUUAAAAAGGAGGACGGGGCGAUGAAGACACAACUCAAUGUGUUGCAUAUGUUCAAAGUAGAGCUUCAGAGACAGGUACCGUUGCCAUGAAGUUCAAGGAAAAAUUUUGCAGUACUGCGGCAGAAACAAUGAAUCCAUGGCCUUUUAGGCUAAAACUUACAAGAGAUCAUAUUCGUUGGGACAGUCUCAAGAUUCCACCUUCAAGGGAUUUUGAAGCACACAUUUUGGAGAACCUAGACGAGGCUAGUCGCAGAGUUUUGGACGCAUGGGGUUCAGUUCAGGUAUCGAUUUUCGAUGCUGAUACUUGUGAUACUCAUAAGGUUAAUUUGGUUAAGAAAAAGGCUUUCUGGUUUGAACCAUUUCCUGAUGUGGGGCAGAGAAAGGGAAAGCAAAAGACUUUUUCCUGUAAUGAUGAUGAGUUUGCUUAUUCCAUUGAACCAUUUAAAAUGAUUGUGAAGAAGAGGAAUCUGAGUUGUGAUCAAGAGAUCGGAUUUCGCUGGUCCGGGAAUUACCCUGUCAAGAGAUUAGACUUCUCAGUUCUGUAUGUGCCAAGUCUUGACAUGUACAAUUUGAAGAUUGAAAGGUUGAUGCUGGUAUGGGAAAGAAACCAUAUAGAGGAGAAACAGAUUUAGCUUCUUUUUCUUUUGUCAAGAUAGCAAUCUAUAUUUGAAACUUCCUUGAAAGUUGAAAUAGAACAUUAUAUAUAUGAAACUAUGCAUUUUUUU